CUGUUUUUGAUAUAUAUUGCAUAUUGUGCCUUAAGGGCAGCAGCUACAUAAAGAUAUCUCUCAGUAUUUGUUCAGUAUUUGACAGUUAGGCUGUUCCAAUGUACCUUAGGGAUUUUUAUUCUAAUUUUAUGCUGUCAGACUUUUAUUUCUCUGACUUUGUAUCCUCUGUGGUAAUAUUACUAAAAGCUUUCCGGUUUUGUGGGUAUUUUUAUUAAAAGAAAAGUAAUUGUAUUAAUCAGAGCUUAGUUUUUCUUGCCUUUUUCUUCCAGAUUAUCCCAAUGGCAUUCGGCUCACGUCAGCUGUUCCAGGAGCAGAUAUCAAAGUACUCAUAAAUUUCAAUGCACCAAAUCCUCAGGACAGGAAGAAGUUUACAGAUGAUUUGAGGGAAUCAAUUGCAGAAGUUCAAGAAAUGGAAAAGCACAGAAUAGAGUGUAAGUACAAAGCCGAGCUGGAGAAGCAGAAGGGGGUGGUGCGUCCCAGCAUGUCGCAGUGCUCCAGCCUGAAGAAGGACUCCGGGAACGGAACCCUGCCCCGGGCGUGCCUGGACGACAGCUACGCCGGCGGCGAGGGGCUGAAGCGGAGCGCGCUCAGCUCCUCCCUGCGCGACCUGUCCGAAGCAGGCAAGCGUGGGCGACGCAGCAGUGCAGGAUCGCUAGACAGCAAUAUGGAAGGGUCCAUCAUUAGCAGUCCUCACAUGCGCCGAAGAGCUACAUCAACCCGAGAGUGUCCAUCUCGCCCUCACCAGACUAUGCCCAACUCCUCCUCACUCCUAGGGUCCCUGUUCGGUAGCAAGAGGGGCAAGCCCCCCUCGCAGAGCCACGCGGCCGCGCAGACCCCGCACCACGCGGAGGGCGCGGCCGCCGCGCCGCACCCGCACCACGCGCAGUUCUGCCACCAGAACCCGCCGCCCUACCACCACCACCACCACUACCACCCGCCCCCGCACCCGCACCCGCACCAGUACCACCAGCACGGGCACGGCCACGGGCACGGCCCCUACCUGCCGCACGCCCCGCACCACGGCCCGCACCACGGCCCGCACCACCACGGGCCGCCCCCGCCGCCCGCCGCCGCCAGCACCAAGCCCAAACACAGCGGCAUCAGCACCAUAGUCUAGGCCUAAAGACCCUCCUCGUGACUCUAGUUCCAAACCCAGCUGCAAAGGCACUUAGAGGAAGCAACAAAAUCACACCGUCAGUUUUUACCCAGGCCGUUUAAUGAGCUUAAAGGCUUGCUGUUACUAAAUAAAAUAAUUCCAGUUAGCCCAGGCCAUACUGGUUUUACUUAUCUACUGGAUAGAUGUUCACCACCAUCUGGUUAGUUCUUAUUUCCAAACUUGCCUUGACAACGUGCUGCUUGCUGAAUCUGAGGAAAGCUACCUUUUACACCAAACCCCUGGACAAUUUUACACACAUAAUGAAAAGCUAGCCUAUGGAAAAAAAACAGGGAAAAAAGUCAGACAGAACCAAGUGUUGCAUUCUUGCUCUUUUACUCUCAAUGGGCAAAAAAAAUAAGUAGACCUGAUAUGGUUGAUGAAAGUACGUAAGUAAACUUUAUAUAAUAUAAAUAUAUACAUAUAAAUAUAUAUAUAUAUAUAUAUAUAUAUAUAUAUACUGUAUAGUUAACAUUUGUGCUUGGAAAGAAAUUUUUUCAGUCCACAAAACUAGCAAUAUAGACUUUACAAGGAAUUCCACUUACUUGAUAGGACAGUAUAAUAGAUGAAUAGCAUAUGAAAGUAGACCAAAACCAUUAAACGUUAGAAACCAAUUUCAAACAUUUCAGUAUUUUCGUCACAAGUCCCCUGGACUUGUUAAGAUUUCUAAGCAAUCAUUACUAAAUGUGCCAAGUAACAUAGCAUUUAAAUGUUAUAGUCCAAUACUGCUUUGUAUAAAUCCUUAUUUUAUUAACACGAUGAUAUCAUACGUAAUCAGUAUUAGAGCUGCUCUGCUAUUUCAGGUAAGCAAACUCGUUAAGAUGCAGUAAUUAUUCCGUAGCAAUGGAGGGUGCCCACCUACCAGGGGGCACCUCCGAGCAUUGGUCACACAAGUUCUUAGACACUUUAAAGGCUGUGAUAACUGUGAAUUUACAUGAUCCACAUUUCUUUUGUAAGCAUAUGGAUUGAACGAGCACAUGGGAAGAGUUCCGCCAGGUGCAUGUAAACACUGCAAAAACAUUCAUCUCAAACAUGAAAAUGGCAAACCUCCAUCCUUCUCAGCUACUUUGGUUCCUGUUUACCAUAAUUGCUCAUUUUUACCCCCAGCGAAGCUGAAUUCUAGUCCAGAGUGUUUCCAGUGGAAGUGCUCUAAAACUUGAAGGUUUGCUUUAGAAUUUAGUAUAGGGUUUUUUUAUAUAUAUAUAUAUAUAUAUAUUAAAAAAAAUUCAAAAUCUGUAAUUCCAUGUAGCCAUGUGCUAGCAAUGAAGUGGCUUUACCAUUUUUACUCAUCACAUUUGUUAGUUUGAAACACCCAGCACUCAGCAGGCUGAGUUUAUGCUCAAACGUUCACUUCCAUAGUCCAGUUAGUUGCAAGACAUCACAUAAAAAUAGGCUGUGCUGUUGUUGCUUAUGUGUUGUAACCAAACAAUUUGCAAAUUUCUCUACAAUUUGUAUCCCGAAAUCCUGUACAAAGUUAUCCAUGGCACCUACUUUGUAGUUUCAGCACUUUGAGCCACUGCAAGGACUUAACACCUAAACAGUAGAGACAAAGGAAUCACAACUGCAAAACUGUACCAGCCUAAAAGCAAACCUUGAAGAGGAUGAGCAAAAAGUUCCAGUGAGAGAUGGGUAAAAGUAAUCACAGCUCCAACCAGUCGGGUUUCUGUGUAACAGAAAACAAACAGUAAUAAAAGCGUCCCAAAUCGGGAGGACAUGGGAGCAACAGAGUGACUUGUCCUGUUGGCUUGCUCAUGGCAUCUCUAGCGUGGGGAGGAUGGGAGAGGUUCAGUCAUUUUUUCCCUUUCAUACCAUGGAUACCACAAUACCAGCAGAACUGCAAACUGAGCACUUUGUUCACCUCCACAGAGAGCAAAUACAGCAAUCUAGAGUUUAGCCUUUUGUUUCCAGCAGUCCACGUUUGUUUCACACAUGUGCAAUAUGUUUUCCCCUUCUGCUCCUUCUCCUCAGAAUGAUCUCCAUGAAAAGAAAACAAGUGAUUAUUAUUCUUUUUCUGUGUCACUCAUUCUAUUCUAAAUUCUGCGGCUUACCUUAAGAGGGCUCACCUGGGUCCCCUGAGGCUCUGUUCCUUGCAGUUUAAAAAAUAUAUACUGUUCUUAUAAGGGAAAGUAGAACUGUCUGCAUGUCAUCUAAUGUUAUUAGUGUGAGGCUACACUCUACAUAUUGUAUAAUUGCAAAAUAUAUCAGUGUUACUGUUGAUAUUAGUUGAAGUAAAGUGAUAACAUGUUUCAAUAUGUAGACUUUUCUUCAUACAUCUGUACCAAUAGUAGAGUCUAACUGUAAUUUAUAGGU